UUAUACACAUAGAAAUUACUCCAACGUUUGAUAGAUAACCGCCGCGCGGCGUUCCUGCGCGUGUAUGUUUUGCUCGUUUACUCGAUCAGAACCGGCAAAAUGGACGAUAUAGUACUCCGAGUAUCUGAUCAUGUUUUAGAAGUGAUAUUUUCCUAUUUAGAUCUGCACACGUUGAGAAACUGUUCUUUGGUGUGCAAACGAUGGAACCGUUUCCUAAACGAUGAGAACAAUGACGCGUGGAGAAUGCACUGCAUCAGAAAACUGGCCCAAGAGGCGCUCAGUUCCGAUUUAUUGUCAUCGGUACCUACAUACAAAUCGAAGCUCCGUGCAUUUUAUCACGCGUGGAACCCCAAUGACUGCUCCCGUAAUAUAUAUAUUAGACCGAAUGGAUUUACCAUGCACAGUUAUAGGAAUCCAGUUGCUCAGAGCACAGAUGCCUGUAGAGGUAAAAUUGGCUUCCGGCAUGGACGUCAUGCCUGGGAAGUUAUUUGGGAAGGUCCUCUGGGGACGGUAGCAGUAAUAGGUAUAGCUACGAGAGAAGCACCUUUGUUGUGUCACGGAUACGUAGCAUUAGUUGGCUCUGAUGAGCACUCAUGGGGAUGGAAUCUAGUGGACAACCAUCUGUUACAUAAUGGGAAUGUGCAAGGAAAUUAUCCUUUGCUUAAUAAUGCUCCAAAAUACCAGGUUGGGGAAAGAAUUAGAGUAAUAUUAGAUUGUGAUGAUAACACAUUAUCUUUUGAAAGAAAUUAUGAAUUUUUGGGAGUGGCAUUUAGAGGGUUGCCAGACAAAAGAUUAUACCCAUCUGUAUCUGCUGUGUAUGGAAAUACAGAGGUAUCUAUGGUGUACUUAGGACCACCUUUAGAUGGCUAACACUUUACUUCUAGUAGAGACAUAUCCCCAGAGGCUUAAUAAGGCUGUAUGAAGUCUGAAUGCAACAUUGUUUGCAUUAUACCAAAAUGUCUACUAUGAAGUAGAACAAGCACACAAAUGAAGUGUAUGAUAUCUUUUAAGAGAGAUGUGUGCCUGUUCAUUCAGUCAAUAUCAUUGUAAAUAGUAUUAGCAUUCCAUUUCAAUCGAUAAAUUCAUGAUAGUGCUUUAUACAAUGCUAACAGUUAUAAGUUACUCAAUAAGCAACAUCCAUAAGUUUCACUUGAAAUCAUACAUUCGCUAAUAGCUAGCGGUCUGUGCGUUUGAUAAUGAAAUUUCUCGUCUAAAUUUCACAAUUGAAAGUAUCUUUAUACGAGAAUGUUGUUACGUAUAACGGAUUUCGAAAUAAUCAUGUAAAGAUAUUCUUAAAUUAGGCGAUUUGUGAGAAAGAAGUUCCUCUGCAAAGAAAAUAUGAAUAUUCUUCCAGCGGACAUGAAUCGGAAUUAUUUUGCUAUUUUGAGUUCUUUUCAAAUCAUGUAGAUCGCAACUUUUUAGUUGAUAUUUCUGUACAGAGAAAUAAGUAUUAUUCUUUACUCUUCCAUGCAAUAUUAAUACUCGAGUCCUUGUAUAAAUAUAUGAUUUAUAUGAACCUUAUAAGAUUCACUCAUCUGCCAAAGGAAUGGCGAAAUCUUACUUGUUUAUAAAAUAGUCAUAUAUUGCGAUAAUUAGCUUAUUUCUAUCACUAUUAACGAGUCUACCACUAACAGUAUAAUUUUGCGAGGACUGUGAGAGUAACAACUGUGAUUCGUCUGCAUUUUAUUAGUGUAUUCGUUUUUUUCAACGAUGUUUGCAUAAGUAUUUUAUUUAUUUAUUUAUGGCUGUUAAAAUAUUUCAUAUUUAGAAGUCAAAACAUUAAGGCCCUUUCUUAUGAAACAUUUAUUACGCUUCGCCUUUUUUAUUAUAUAUAUGUAGAUAUUUAUAUAUGAUUUAAAUUAAUAUUUAUUUUCUAAUGGUAAGAAACGAAUUUUUUAAAAUAUCGAUACAACUCAAGCAGCGAAAUUGUCAAACAAAUCGAAGAUAACUUCGAAAUUACAGUAUACAGGGUGUUCCAGUUAAAGUGUUCAUAGCUGCUUUAUUUGUCAAUGUAUAAAGCAAUGUCGUAAAUUGUAAAAUAUAUCACGGUAGUAAAAUUCCGAUCGAUUUGUAUGAUAAUUAACCAUUUUCUUUUUUAAGUAGGGCAACACUAGAAAACAAAACUAGUACCUGUCGAAUUUGUCUAUGCAAUAUCAUAGUCGGACUGAUUUUUUUAUUCUUUACGAGAAUUUCGUUCUUGCAUUAUGGUAUACUGUGUACAAUAUAGAUUUGUGUAUACAGUUUUAUUCAGUUGCAAAAUCAUCAUGUAUGUAUAAUCGUGGUGUAAAGUUCAACGAUCACUAUUGUGAUUGAUGCACAACAGAUCUUACAUAAAUUAAUGUAAUCGACAUUUCGAUUCGCUUACGCAUUUAGUGUAAGAAAAUCAUGUGUCGACUAUGGAUGAAAGUUGUACAUUAUGCUCUUUGAAAUGUAUUUAUAAAUAGUAAUUAAUCAUCGACGCCGACGAUCGACGCUAGAACUUCAAAAAAUAUUUCAUGAGUAUGAUGGCGAGUAAGGAUGAUUUUUUAAUGUACAUAUUUAUUAUUGUCAUUACGUUUGUUACGUGUAGCUUCGGUAAAAUUAGGUUUUUCUAAACUUUUGUACAGAAUUGUGUACAUAUAAUAGCGAUCAUGGAUGUAUGAGGGAAAAAUAAACCUUGUUUCAUAUGUG